AUGUUUGUCAACCCUAUAAAUCUUUGUUUUUGCAGUUGGUUACCCGACAGGGAUCAGCUCGGUUCGGCCGCUCGAUCUGCUGUUAGCAACGUUCACCAACUUGGCAGAAGCUUCAUCAGUUCUAAAGUUAAUCAAUUGUUUAGCGGAAACUUGGCAAACAAAAGUGAUAUUGAAGAACAGCUGUUAGAACUCUGGGAGAGGGUCUGCAUGCAGUUCUUCCAUGGGUCCGAUGACGCAGACAAUUUAGGGUUGCACCAGGGAGUCAAGUCGAAUUUCGUGCUCACUGACGACUUGGCGGGUGGUCUUAACGCAAGUCGCACGAUUUCUCUCACCCAUUUGCGCAGACGCCUUCGGGACUUAGUCUAUUCUUUUGGUGGCUUCGAUUAUCGUGAUAUAGUGGCGUAUUUUCACGAGAAUGUGGGGAUCAUCAUGAACGUGGUGAACCCGAUGUGGCGAAUCCUAAGUUCCCACGCUAGUAUCAUCACCUCCCUUCUUAUGGGAACCAUCUCCCUCCUCUUCGCUGGCGGAUCGGUAGUUCUCAACCUCUCCUUCUCUUUCUUGAUAUUCCUCUCAACCCUCUUCUACCUGCUGGCAGUAAGCGAGAGGACUUACCUGCCGGUAGACUUUGUGGUGUCGCUGACGCCUCAGAGAUGCGAGGCGAGUCCUGCGGUGCUCUCUUUUUAUGCCUCCGUCGAGGCGGCCGUCGCUAGCGUCGUGGUGACCACGCUUAAACGCACCGUCUUCUACGGCAUGUAUACCCUCCUCACUCACACCCUCUUCGGUCUCGACGUUGUUGUUCUGCCCUCUAUAAUUGCCACAAUCCUAGGAGCGAUUCCGUUGGUGGGAACUUACUGGGUGGUGCUGCCAGGCGUAGUGGAGCUUUGGUGCCUGCGUGACUCCUAUUGGCUGGCCCUCCUUCUCCUCCUCCUCCACCUUCUCCCCUACUCCUUUUUGGAUACUGCGCUUUACAGCGAAAUCAAGGGGUUUGGCCAAGCGUUAAUCCGUCUGGAGUUUAAAAUUGACACUACGUUUUUAAAGCAUGGACCACCUCUCAUCGGAGUUAAUGACAAUGGGCGAUAUUUUGUUUACAAGUUGGAUUUCUUGGGAGUUCCUGUGUGUGCAGCCCACUCAUUACAGGACUACUACACCUGUGUUCUUUUGAAUGACACCACUUUUAGCGCUGGUCACCCAUAUCUUACUGGCCUUUCGAUUGCCGGUGGUCUGUACUACUUUGGGGCAGAGGGCGUGUUCAUCGGUCCAGUGGUGCUGUGCUGCAUGCUGGUUGGGGUAAAUCUCUACCGCCUCCUCCUCACAGAGACCACUGAGGCAGGGCGAGACGGCUCCGGCUCCUCGGAAAGACCGCAAAGGAUCUUCCAGAAGCAUCUUCUCCGAACGCCUCGCACUUCGAUGAGGUACCGCUCGCGAGCUUUGAGGGCACGCAGUGAAGAUGUUGCCACACUGACCUGA